AUGCUUGUUCUUAUCGCCGGCAUUACGGGAAAGCUCGGAAAACACCUGGCUCGCGCAGCUUUGCAACGCGGCGGUUUUCGAGUGAGGGGCCUAGGACGGCACCCUGAAAAUCUGGAUCCCACAAUCGCGUUGCAACUGGAAUCCUUCGUGACUUGCCGAUCCCACGACGAUAUCGCCGCCCUGAACAGGGCGGUCGAAUCUGUCGAUGCAGUGGUAUGUGCCUACAAACCGGAUCCAGUGCUCAACCUUGAAGGGCAUCUGCUCCUACUACGUGCUGCUGAGCAGGCUGGGAUUAAGAUUUUCCAUGCAUCUUCGUGGAAUGCUGAUUGGCGACUAUUCGGCUGGGGAGAGUUUGAGCAUUACGACACGCACAUUGCGUUCCAGCGCCACGUCGAAAUGACAUCUUCCAUAAAGCCAGUAUACGUCUUUACUGGAAUGUUCGGGGAGUACCUGUUCAGUCCGGCGGGUCCUGGAAUGUUCUCAAAAGAAGAAUCUGGGGCAGCUAGCGUGCAAAUCUGGAAUAAGGGAGACGCGAAGUGGGCUUGGACGUCUAUGAAGGACGCGGCGGAAUUCAGUAUCGACCUGUUGACCAGGAAUGACGUAAAGGAGGGGGCUGGGGGGUAUUUUGCUGUGAAAUCAGGAGAAAUCAGUUCCCAUGAUAUCGCGAGGGCGUACGAAAACGUCACAGGUUUUAAAGUGGAUGUGAUAUACGUUGGGCAUCUGGAUAGCCUGGAUCAGCAAGUUCAGCAGGCACGUCAAGACCAUGGUCCCAGCGAGUACAAAAAAUACCUCCCCCUGGAAUUGCAGUUGUUCGGAUACAGGGGAAAAUUUGAACUGCAGAACGCCGAGACCAUCGUUAAUGGAAGACGCACGAUUAGCCUGGAAGAUUUGCUGCGCGGUAACCCUGAAAUUGCACAUUGA